CCCAUCCGUCCAUCGCAAGGCGUUUCCGCAACCAUGAGACUCAUCCACCAUCUCUUCGCCCUCUUACUCACAUACCCAAUUGUGUGGGGCCCACCAUCUGCCGAGGCAACGGUGGAUGCGAUACUCGAUUCGGACGGUCACCAGCUCCAGCCAGACACCGAAUACUAUAUCCUGCCCACCUCGGGCGACGGAGGUGGACUCGUCAUGUCCUUCCGAGAUAGACGGUGCCCGUUGAACGUGGCCCAGAUCGGAUCCGGUCCAUCCAACGGUCUCCCAUUGACUUUGGCCCCAGUUAAUGCCAGCGUGGACGUGGUGCAGCCGUUGAUGGACGUCAGGAUCACAUUCAGGGCCGCGACAAUCUGCGUGCAAUCGACGGUGUGGAGGCUCGGUGAGGUGGACCAGGCGACUGGACGGAGGUACGUGAUGACCGGGCCCGGUGCAAGUACGGUCAGCAGCUGGUUUAAGAUAGAGAAAUAUGGAAAUGGGUACAAGUUCGUAACGUGCCCAGGCGUUUGCAUGGCAUGCAAUGAGGUGUGUGAGGACGUUGGUGUAUGGCAAGAGAGUGGGAAGAGAUGGUUGGGAUUGAGCAAUGCACCGUUGUCUGUGAUAUUCAAGAGGGUGUAGGAUAACAGGUUUGAGGUAAGAAUAAAUCAAAUAAAGGGCUGUUGCUAGCA